AAGUAUAUUAUCAUCGUGAUUAACUCGUGCUUGAUCUCGUACCCCACAGGGCAUCCAUGUCUCCUUUGCCCUAGGAGAGAUUGUAUACCUAACUGGAGAGGCAGAUACAACAUUCAAUCAGAUAGAAAGUGCACCCGCGGAUACAGAACCUCGAAAAUGGUCACUAUUAUGGCGACGGAAUGCAUCCGGGUUCAGUACCUGUUUACAAGUGGGUAUUAUGCCGAACGUCUUGGCGACGUCAUCUCGCAACCCCCACUCCACCCACCCGCGUCGAGUGAUCGGGACAUGCGUGCUUUCUGCGUGGGGGCUUUAGCUGUCUUCGUCUCGGGCAAACAGUGCAGACGUCUUGUAAAUAUGAAUUCUCCAUCGCCAGACCUCAUCAUGGGAAGCAUCUUGAGUAGGUUGCUGGCCCAAAUCGACUCACCAUUCUAGACAUGAAUGGCGCAAUCUCACCGCUCUGACCGUUUGCCAAACCUCAUCACCUUCACUUUCAACACAAGCAUCUCUGGAGUCAUCAAAAAUCGAAACUUCGGCGCAUAAUUUGAACUCUUCGCUGGUCUGCGACUUUUGUUUAAACGCGAGGCCUAGCAUUUAUUUUGAAGAUUGGCACCAUGUGUAGAUUCAUGGUGUAUAAAGGCACAGAUGAGAUUCUACUCUCAGAUCUUAUUCUUAACCCCACACAUUCUAUCCUUACUCAAUCAUUCGACUCGCGACUCCGACUAGACACAAGGCGCCCCCAUAACGGUGAUGGCUUUGGUAUCGGGUACUAUACGUCGCCCUCAUUGGGACCAGAGCCCUGCGUCUUUACUUCUACUAUUCCCGCUUGGAAUUGCAUAAACCUAUCGCGAAUCGCCUCGAAGACCACUUCGUCCCUCAUUUUCGCCCACGUCCGCGCCACCACCGAAGGCAACCUGUCCGAUUCCAACUGUCAUCCCUUCACAUACAAGUCUCUCAUGUUCAUGCAUAAUGGCGGAAUUGGGUCGUUCCGGCGCAUCAAGCGCAAGCUUGCCCUGGGGUUGAACGAACAGUGGUUCACAUUAGUACAAGGAUCCACGGACUCGGAAUGGGCAUUUGCGACGUUCCUCGACUGUUUAGACAAAGCAGGACACAACCCGGACAAAGAAGGAGGGUUUGGACAUACAGUGCUCAGGAAGGCAAUAUUGAAGACAAUUGAGAGAAUCAAUGCAUUGAUCAAGGAAGUUGUUGGCACAGACGGAGCUGGCGAAGAGGAUAGCAGAAGUCUUCUCAAUUUCGCCGUCACCGAUGGAGAAAGCGUGGUAUGCACGCGGUACGUGAGCAGCAAGACGGACGAAGCGGCCAGCCUGUUCUGGAGCAGCGGGACUAGCUGGAAGGAAUCCAAGAGCAGCGAGAAGCCAUCCACCCCUUCGCCCGAUCCAAGCCAGAAAGACUACAUUAUGGAACGAAGGGACAAAGGAUCUGAUAUUGUGCUCGUCGCUAGCGAGCCACUUACUUUCGAGCGAGAUAAUUGGGUUACUGUACCUACUAACUCCACCCUCACGAUUCACAAGCAAACCGUCAUGAUCCAUCCCAUCAUCGAUGAGUUCUACAGCGCCAACCCCGCACAUGCGCGCUCCGCUGGUUUCGCACAAGCCAAAGGACAGACCAUUACGGGGCCAGAUAAACGUGUACUCCCGCAGCCCGUGAACAGAAGCCGUGGCGAGGGAGGCCUGACAGGUAGUGAUAACGGGAGUCCGUUUCGGAGUGAGGAGGUGGUGAGCGGCGCUAUCACGAGAUUGAAAGUAAGCUGAGCAGUGUGUGAGCGCUGAUUUGCAUAGCUGCAGGUACCCGAAAUGGUGAGUGAGAGCAUGUCAUGGCAAGACUUAUGUGCCCUAUGUAGACUUGCCACGCAUUUCUCAGAAAGUUUGAUCUUCCGCGUGGAUUUUAUGUCAUUGUAUCGUUCUUGACGUGUUGCAUCCAAAUAUAUAAAACGCUCU